GUCCUGCAGCUCAUUUUCUAACAUGCUACAUGGUUUAUUUCAAGAAAGAAGGAUUCCAAGGCAUUGUGUCUGAGGCAACGUCACUAGCCAAUCAGAAGUUGCUGAUGAAACAUGGUUACGAAUGCGUUUACAAACCUGAGUAUGAUCUGCUCAUGCAUGAUGGCACAAGGGGUGUACUAGUGUUUUUCAAAGAUCUUCGAUAACA